AUCACGCUAGACCUGCAGUACUGUCAGUUUCUCUCAGUGAGGAAAUCUGGCCCAGGGCUUGUCUUAAAACUAAUAUUUAAACAGGAGACGUUUUCAUAAUGAAACUGCUGUAAAGAUAUUGUUUGCUUUGCAAAGAAGAUAUGAAACAAAAGGAGGAAGACUUGUGCCUCUCCGAGGGUCAGAGGGUGAGCCUAUAGUUUGAGCGAAGAUUACAUGGUGCUCAGCUGCGUGUCCCGCCACGGCAAUGAUUGGCAUGCUCCUUCUCUGGGCUUUCACAGAUGCCUCAGCUGCACUCUCUGUAAUUUCAUUGCAGAACCCAGUCCGGGUCUUCUCUGGUCAGACUGCUGUCCUGCCCGUCUCCCUCCAGUUCCAGAACCCAGCAUGGGAAUUUUACCAUGUCAAGUGGGAUUUCAUCACGGGCAAGCGUCCUGUCUUGGUCUACAUGGUGGACAGCUGUACUGGGGCCCCUGGGUCACGGGAGCGCACCUGCCAGCACAGCCUGGAGCAGACGGGACUUUAUCAGCAGCGGGCGAACAUUUCCUUUGAGAACGCUUCGCUCGUGCUCAAGGCCGUGCAGCCAGAGGAUGCGGGGAUGUACCGGGUAACGGUACGAAGCUUGGAUGUAUCGGGCACUGCGCUAGUGAACCUGACUGUGGAAGGUAACAGAGGGGAAGCAAGCCCAACAGUAACUGAAGGUAUCAGAGGGGAAGUCAGCCCACUGGUGACGGGAGGAAACAGAAGGGAAAUGAGCCCACUGGGGACAGACAGUAACAUAGGGGAAGCCAGCCCACUGGUGACAGAAGAUGACAGAGGGGAAGCCACCUCACUGGUAAUAGAAGGUAACAGAGAUGAAGCCACCCCACUGGUGAUGGGAGGUAACAGAAGGGAAGCCACCACACUAGCAACAGACCAUAACAGAGGGGAAGCCAGCCCACUGGUGACAAGAAGUGACAGAGGGAAAGCCACCCCACUGGUGACAGGAGGAGAAGUUGCCUGGAAAAGCCUCAGCACCAUUAACAGCCUCCGUAUGGUCUUUGCCUGCCUGGUUCUCUGCAUUUUGGCACUGACAGUGGGAGAGUAUAUUUAUGCAUCAGGCAGCAACUUCACUCAGCGUGAGGAGACACUGGGUCCACCCGAGAUGCCAGAUGGAGGUGCACCCCUGGUUGGGGCCACACAACACAUAACUGUUGUUCCAUCUACUUCAGCCUCCUUCCAUGGACAAUGACCAGCACCAAAUGCUUCAGAGAGAGGAGGAAAAUACCUAUAGUGCACUGUGUAUGAUUAUUUCUUUACUUCCUGCUUGCAGGCAAUCUAACAUUUAAACUCCUGAAGCUGGAGUUAUCCAUAUAUCAUAAAAUGAGCUUGGCAUAUAAAUGUUAUUUCCCCUCGUUUUAUUCAGCCCUUUAAAAAACCUUCCCACGGUAUUUGAUUCUUUAACCUCCUACUGCUGCAAGUUCUACAGAUCAACCCUCACGUAUGGGAGUUAUAUCCUUGUCACAUUUAAUUUUAGGAUUAAUAUAAUCUCCUCUUCUCCUGUGUUCUACUAGUAAGUGG